AUGGUCUCUGCCGUGCCCGUCACGCGGCCAGCGCCGUGGGAAAAGGUUCCUGAUCACGACCAACUCUUCAUCCUGAUCACUGGCGCAAACAGCGGGAUCGGUCUAGGUAUCGCGCAGCGCCUCAUCGACGAGUUCCUGGCCACGCGCCCCCCGACGGCGCACCUCGUCCUCAUCCCCACGACCCGCAGCGCCCGCAAGUCGCUCGAGACGAUCCGCACGCUGCGCGCCUACGCCGAGGCGGCCGCUCGCGCCCUCGAAUCCGUCCUACGCCGCCGCCGCGGGCCCGGCGUCCCCAUCCCCGCCGAGCACCGCUGGCAAGACAUCGUGGCGCGCAUACACGUCCUCUCGCUCGCGCUGGACCUCUGCGACCUCCGCGGGCUGUACGCCUUCGCCGAUGCGCUGUGCGACGGGACGGUCAGCAACCCGCCGGGCCUCGAGGGCGAGUACCUGACCGACGUGCGCGUGCCGCGGCUUGACAGCGUCGUGUACAACGCGGCGUACGGCGGCUGGGAGGGCGUCAACUGGGUCGGCGCGGUCAAGUCCUUCUUCGGCAAGGGCCUCAUCGAGACGGCCACCUACCCGGAUUUCAAGAAUGCGCUACCAACGUGCAUACUCAAUGAGCGAGAGAGCUACCCCCCCCCUUUUGGGGGCCGAUCUGGGCCCGAAAAGCCGCUGCUCGGCGAAGUCUUCGCCGCGUGCACCUUUGGGCACUACUGCCUCACGCACAAGCUGCGGCCGCUGCUUUCCCGGCCGCGUGACUCGUCCCUGGCGCCCGGCCGCGUCAUCUGGUCGAGCAGCAUCGAAGCGCACUGCAACACCUUCUCCGUCGACGACCUGCAGUGCUUCACGCGCGCCGCCGCGUACGAGUCCGCCAAGCGGCUGACCGACAUCCUCUGCCUCACCAGCACCCUGCCCCACGUGCGGCCGCACACCCGAGCCCUCGUCGGCGCCUCCCGGGCCGGCCCCCGCUCGUCCACCCAUUCCUCCGACUCCGACACCGACGUCGAUUCUUCCGACUCCCCGGACGACCUCGUCGGGCCCAGGAUGUACCUCUCGCACCCCGGCAUCGUCGCCAGCACGCUCUUCCCGCUCCCCGCCUUCCUCUUCUGGCUGUACCAGUUCGCCCUCGUCCUGUGCCGCUGGUGCGGCUCCCCCUGGCACACCGGCAACGGCUACCGCGGCGCCCUCGCCCCCGUCUGGCUCGCCACCCGCCCGCAGCCCGCCCUCGACGAGCUCGCCGCCGAGCGCGUCAAGUGGGGCAGCGCCCGCGACCGCGGCGGCCAGUCCUUCGUCAAGCCGACCGAGGUCGAGGGCUGGGGAUGGCGCGGCGAGGUGGAGGACCCGGAUGCCGAGGAGCAGGAGGAGUAUGACGGCAGCCCGGCGGCGAUGAGGAACAGCUGCGGGAGGAGGAGGGGCGCGGUGGCGGCGACGCAGGAGGACAUUGCCGAGUUCGAGGCGCUGGGGGCGGAGUGCUGGCGCGAAAUGGAGCGCUUGCGACGGCAGUGGGAGGACAUCCUUGAGUUGGAGUAG